AUGGUUCCGUGGUCUAGUUGGUUAUGGCAUCUGCUUAACACGCAGAACGUCCCCAGUUCGAUCCUGGGCGGAAUCAUACAAAGCUUUUUUUUUUAUCUUUUACUGAUAUGA